AUGAUUGCCAGAGCUGCUGUUUUAUAUGGGGCGAGCGAGAUAGUCAUUUUCGACGUUGCAAAUGUGUCAGGUAGCGAUGCUGUGGAUCAGGAUGGAGAUACUGUUGUUAGUGAUUCGGUGGUAGAAAAGCCAAAGAAGGUUGUGUUUGAUGAAGCGGGAGAGAGUUCGGAAUCUAAAAAGGACGCUAAGAAGGAGUCUGAGGGACCGUCGCCCGAAUGCAUUAGAUUGGCAUCGUUAUUACAGUAUUAUAUUACACCCAGCUAUUUACGGAACUUGUUAUUUACAGAUUUGAAGCCUCUGCAGUAUGCUAAGAAACUGCCCAAGAUCCCAGGAUUGCCGUUUCUGAGUCAUAGUAGCAGCCAGUUUCUGGAAGGACUGACUGUAGCUGGCAAACUGCCUCGAUCAGCUACUGGCGGAGUAAAGAAGAAGAAGGGUUCUCGUAAAUCAAAGAAGCAAUUACAAUUAGAAGCAUCCACUGAAUAUGUCCAGAUCGGAGAACAAAAUGUGCUUAAAUUAGAUAAUCAAAGAGUGCCGCUAGGUACGCGAGUCACUGUCGAUACAAAGUCCAAGAAGGUUGUCUCGCCCAAAGAUGCAUACACGUCGAGCUCGGGCGUUCUGUUUACGAAUAAAGAUAGUUUUGGCUAUACAGUUCGAAUUGCCAAGACUUUUGGUAAAAUAUUUUCUGAAUCCAUAUACCCUGGUGGAUACACGUAUACUGCCUAUGUUCCCAGUGAGGAGUUUGUAGCCUCAUCUGCCACUGCUUAUGAACCAAUUCGUCCGAUUGUCGAUAAAAAGGGUACUAUUUUUGAUGGCGCUAAAAGCAGUAGCCAUAUUUUAUUAGUUUAUGGACGGUGGGCUGAUGUCAAUAAAGCAGUGCAGAACGACAAGGAAGAGCUUAAUGAGCUUGAUGAUGCAACGGGAAUUUUCGACGGCCGAUUUGCUAUCCGAGCUAGUGGUCGCACUGAAGACGCUAUUUUAAUUUCACUCGCUCAGCUCGAGUAG